GUUUUGUCGGGCAGUUGGAAAAGGAAAAAAAAAUGGUUAAUGGUUAAAUAUCGCAAAACACUGAUUUUGAUCAAAGGAAUGUGAUCCAUUCCAGUAGAAAAAAAUCUGACUCUUCUUUGUACAUACUUCACUAAUAUUCAAAGAUGGCGACAACUGAUCUGGACACGGAUAAUGGUUCCCCAGCCACAAAAAAACGUAAGCUCCAGGACGAAGGAUCAGAAUUACCAACACUCAGCUGUAUCUCCAUGAAAAGUGAACAAUCUAUGGGUUUCUGUGUAGAUUUUAAAGAUGGAGAUUAUUCCUCUCCACAAAGCUGCAGUGAUGGGAACAGUGCCAUACAGAUGUUAGAGGACAGCACUGAAAGGAAUAUAAUCACAGAUGCAGGGCACGACAAGGAAUCUUCUGCUGUAAAUGAAUUCCAAAAAGAAUUCAAAGUAAAUCUGAUGAAGAAGUUUCAGUGUUUAAAUGAAGUGAUAAUAAACCAGGGAAACCAAACAGUCCUGAAUGAGAUCUACACAGACCUCUACAUCACAGAGGGAGACAGUGGAGGAGUCAAUAAACAACAUGAGGUGAGACAGAUUGAGGCAACAAACAGGAGAACAACAACAGAGGACACGCCAAUCAAAUGCAAUGACAUCUUUAAGCCCGUAUUUGAACAAGAUGAACCCAUCAGAGCCGUGCUGAUGAAGGGAAUCGCUGGCAUCGGAAAAACAGUAUCUGUGCAGAAGUUUAUUCUGGACUGGGCUGAAGGGAAAGCAAAUCAGGACAUUCACCUCAUAUUUCCACUUCCUUUCAGAGAGCUGAAUUUGAUGAAAGACCAAAAACUGAGUCUGAUGGAGCUCCUUCGUGUAUUUUUUAAGGAAACAAAAGAAACUGAAGUGUACAGCUUUGAAAAGGUUCUGUUCAUUUUUGAUGGAUUGGACGAGUGUCGUUUUCCUCUAGAUUUCCAGAACACAGUGAGAGUUUGUGAUGUAACUAAAUCAGCAUCAGUUGCUGUGCUGCUGAUAAACCUGAUUAAAGGGAAUCUGCUUCCCUCUGCUCUCAUCUGGAUUACCUCCCGACCAGCAGCAGCUGAUCAAAUCCCCUCGGAAUGUGUUCAUCGAGUCACAGAGAUACGGGGGUUUAAUGACCCACAGAAGGAGGAGUAUUUCAGGAAGAGAAUCAGUGAUCAGAUCCUGGCCAAUAACAUCAUCACACACCUGAAGGCAUUAAGAAGCCUCUACAUCAUGUGCCACAUCCCUGUCUUCUGCUGGAUUUCAGCCACUGUUCUAGAGAGAAUGUUGGGUGAAGCAGAGAGUGGAGAAAUCCCCAAAACUCUGACUCAAAUGUACACACACUUUCUCAUCAUUCAGACAAACAUCAUAAGAGAAAAGUUCAAGAAGAAGCAGGAGACUGAUGAAGAAAUUAUUCUUAAACUAGGACAACUGGCUUUUCAGCAACUGAAGAAAGGAAACCUGAUCUUCUAUGAGGAAGACCUGAGAGUGUGUGGCAUUGAUGUGGCAGAAGCAGCAGUGUAUUCAGGUGUGUGUACACAGAUCUUCAAAGAGGAGUUUGUCCUUCAUCAGAGCAAAGUGUACUGCUUUGUUCAUCUAAGUGUUCAGGAACAUCUCGCAGCUCUGUAUGUGCACCUGACAUUCAUGAUAAAUGCUCUUAAACAGGAUUGGUUUCCUGAACAGAAGAUAAAGGAAUUUACAAUCUUAGAUGUACACAAGAGUGCAGUAGAUCAAGUUUUAAAACAUCAGACUGGACAUCUGGAUCUUUUCCUUCGCUUUCUUCUGGGUCUUUCACUAAAGUCCAAUCAGAAUCUUCUAAACAUCUUAUUACCACAGACAGGAAGUAGCUCUGUGCACAGAAAUGAUAUUGUUCAAUACAUUAAGAAGAAGAUCAGUGAAGAUCUUACUACAGACAAAUCCAUCAAUCUCUUCCAGUGUCUGAAUGAAAUGGGUGAUCAUUCUCUAGUGGAGGAAAUCCAACACUACCUAAAAUCUGGAAAACAAAGUGAACUUUCUUCCUCACAGUGGUCUGCUCUGGUGUUUGUGUUACUGACAUCAGUAGACAAGCUGGAAGAAUUUGACCUGAGUAAAUAUAUCAGUACUGACAAAAUAACAGAGACUGUUCUGCUGAAGGUGAUGCCUGUGAUUGCAGCAUCCAAAAAAGCAAUUAUCAGGUGUGAUUCACUUGAAGUGAAAGGUUGCUCAGCUCUGGUUUCAGUGCUGAGCUCAGAAACCUCCAAUCUGAAAGAACUGCAUCUGACAGUGAAAAAACUGGAUCUGACAGGGAAGAAACUAGAAGACUCAGUAGUAAACUGUCUCUCUGCUGUGGUGGAGAGUUUAUACUGUAAAGUGGAGACACUGAGAUUGCGUCAGUGUGAUGUCUCACCUGAAGGCUGUGCAGCUCUGAUCUCAGCUGUGAGAUCAAACCCCUCACACCUGAGAGAACUGGACCUGUCCUAUAAUAAUGUAGGAGAUUCAGGAGUGAAGUGUCUCUCUGAGAUUCUGGAGAAUUCUCAAUGUAAACUGGAGAGUCUGAUGUUGUGCAAGUGUGGUGUCUCAGAUGAAGGCUGUGCUGCUAUGACUUCAGCUCUGACAUCAAACCCCUCACACCUGAGAGAACUGGCUCUGUCUGAUAAUAAAGUCGGAGGCUCAGGAGUGAAGGGUCUUUCUGCUGUACUGAAGAAUCCUCAAUGUAAACUGGAGAAACUGAGGUUGUACAAGUGUGGUGUCUCAAAUGAAGGCUGCGCUACUCUAACAUCAGCUCUGAGAUCAAACCCCUCACACCUGAGAGAACUGACUCUGUCCUAUAAUAAUAUCGGAGACUCAGGAGUGAAGUGUCUGUCUGCUGUAUUGGAGAAUCCUCACUGUAAACUGACAAAACUGUGGUUGUGCAGUUGUUGUGUUUCCCAUGAAGGCUGUGUUGCUCUGUCUUCAGCUCUGAGAUCAAACCCCUCACACCUGAGAGACCUGGCUCUGUCUUUUAAUAAAAUAGGCGACUCAGGAGUAAAGUGUCUCUCUGCUGUACUGGAGAGUCCUCAAUGUAACCUGGAUAUACUGUGGUUACGUACCUGUGAUGUCACAGAUGAAGGUUGUGCUGCUCUGACUUCAGCUUUGAAAUUAAACCCAUCCCACUUGAGAGAACUGUAUCUGUCCUGGAAUAAAAUUGGAGACUCAGGAAAGAAGCAACUUUCUGCUCUUAAGGAUGAUAAACAUUACAAUCUACAAAUACUGGGCAUGUGAGGAACAUCUGUGUGUUUAAUGAAGACGUCGGUGUUCCUGCAUGUCCAUUUGGAGAAUUGAUAAGAUGUUUAUUCAGUAAUAACACAUGUAACAUGCUAAGUGUUUCUACUCAUUGUGUACAGUGAAUCAGUUUGAAUUUUAUCUUAAUUGUAUAAAUUCCCAUGACCUCAUAAAAAAAUCCAAGUAUAAAAUACAUAGUUUGACAAUACAUAGUUUGUAAAAAUUGAUGUUUUGGCUGUAACAGUUUCCCUCUGACCAACCAAUCAGAGGAUGGAAAAAUGCUGAUGCUAUUCUGUGAGGCAAAUCUAAAAUCUGAUUGGUUAAAGAAACAGAGCUAGUUCUUAGGUAGACUGGUAAAUAAGGCAAGCAAAACAGACUUUGAAGGCCCUGGGCAGAUUAAAUUGACAUGGCAGCACAUAGAGGCUGAAAUCCGAUUGGACAAAAAAUCUAACAUCCACAAACGUACUGGAAGCAGUGCAGCCAAGAGAUACGCU